UUACGCCUAUUAAUUAAUAGAAGUGGAGAUUUAUUAAUAUGGUGUUUUUCGAAGUUUUUAUAUCUAUUUUACAACUAUCCAUUGAGCGGAUGCACCCUUACUCCUCUCUGACAAUGCCCAUGAGAAUAUUGUACUAAGAGAAAUUACUGAACAGGCCAAGGCCAGGCAGACAAACGACAAAAUCACCUUAUGUAAUAUAACCUAAAUUUCCAUAAGUAAAGACUUGCAAUUGCUCUUUAAAAUAUUUUUAAUGCGAACUAGAAUAAUGAAAAUGUUUAACAGCAAAAUCUAGAAAUGCCUGGUCACGUAUACUUAAGCGCAAAUAGCCUAAUGGUAUGGGAUACGAACUACCGAUCUUGAGGUCGAGGGUUCGAAACCCGCCAUUCGACUAUUGUAGUGAACCAUACCCUAGCAUAACCUCAGAGCUUAGUUGGAUUGGUUAAAGGGAAUAUUAGUAAAUUACCAAAAAAUUUACUAGUAUUUUCAACAACAAAAAAAACUUAUCAUCUUUGAGCGUCUCAGGGGGGUAAAAAUAUUUUUGAUGCGUACGGUACCACUGCUUAGUUACGCAUACAAGCGUAUUGUGUAUAGACAACUGUUUAUGUACAAGUAUAUCUAGAUUUAAUUUUAUCUCAAAAAAGAAGAUAAAGUAUUAUCAAAGUAAAUAAAGCGUAGAGCUUUGGUUCCGGACUUGUAUGUUUUGUGAAAUUCAACGAAGGAAAGUAGUGAAGCGAAAAAAAUAACGCAAAAAUUUAUGUCAUGUCUACAGAAGAUGCGAUUGAAAAUAUCAUCGGUCGUUUCGGGUUAUAUCAGACAUGGGUGUUAUUUUUAAUUGCUAUCGGACGCGUUCCUGCCGAUUUUCAAUUGACAAAUGUAGUUUACAUUUUACCAAAAGUGGAUUACGUGUGUCUUGAUGAAGGGGCUUCUAAUAUGACGAAUUACUGUCCCUGUAAAAACCCACAGUAUGAGACGAGUACUAUCGUCGAAUCGGUUGUAACAACUUGGCACCUCAUCUGCGGCAGUUCUUAUCUGGCCAGCUUAGCUCAAUCCGUGCUGCAAAUAGGAAUCCUAACGGGAAGUCUUCUUUAUGGAUAUCUUUCUGAUCGGUACGGUCGUAAAACUACAAUAUUAAUGGCGCUAACGAGUGAUGUUGUUUUUGUAGUAGCGUCAGCUUUAGUACCAGACUUUUGGAUGUUCUUAGUUCUUCGUUUUCUGAUCGGUACUUCAGUAGGCGGUACUUUGAUCUGUAGCUAUACUCUUAUGGUGGAGUUAAGUGGGAAAUCAUUUCGACCAUAUCUGCCAGGGUUGACGCAAAUAGCAUACGCUACAGUGUCUAUAGUACAUCCGAUCAUUGCUUAUUACAUAAGGGAGUGGAGGUAUCUACAAUUAGUGACGUCAGUACCCUGCGUAUUCGUGAUAUCGUAUAACUGGCUGAUGUUGGAAUCACCACGAUGGUUAAUAACUGUAGGAAAGAAAGAAGAAGCUAUAGAUGUUCUGACAAAGAUUGCAAAAAGAAACAAAAGACCGACUGAUAAUAUUGCUUCAAUUAUUUAUGCAGCUGAAGAACAUAAAACGAAGAAAGAAGAACCCAAAUAUGGAUCUUAUUUGGACUUGUUUUCAACACCAAAAAUGAAAAUGUACUCUUUAAUAAUUGCUUGUGUUUGGUUUUGCUGCGGGAACACAUUUUAUGGUAUCAAUCAGUACAUCGGGCGACUUCAGGGAAAUUUUUAUCUAAAUAUAUUUCUCUUUGGAGUUUUUCAUAUUCCUCCAUUAUUUUUUAAUGUUCUUGUAUCUUUGUAUAUUAAGAGGAAAAUUGGUGUUAUUGGUAGUUUUACUAUGUCGGCCAUUGCAUUGAUUAUAUUUAUUUAUAUUCCCAGUGAUUUAGAGUCUAUUUCUUUAGCUUUUGCUAUCCUAGGGCAUAUUGGAUCGAAUAUGGCAUUUGGACAAAUGUAUUUGUUUACGUCUGAAGUAUUCCCAACUGUUGUAAGGAAUUCAGCUUUAGGAUUUGCAUCAAUGUUUUCAAGAUUUGGUGGUUUUGCAGCCCCAUUUGUUGUUAAUAUUGGUAUAGAGUGGAUGUCUGUUGCAAUAUUUAGUGGUGUUACAUUGGUAGCGGCAUUCUUUUGCUUUUUCCUUCCCGAUACAAAGGAUAAAGUUUUAUUAAAUACAAUCGAACAAGCUGAAAAGUCGACUGAUGAAAAAUAAAUAGGCACUUUAAUAAAUAAAAAGGUUCUGCCUACCAAUUUUUAUUCGUUGUAACAGUAAGUUAUGGAA